UUGAAUGGCACAGUGAAAGUGUCGUUCGCCACUAAUUUUCGCUUUAAUUAUUAAUUUCCUUGCAAUAUGGUCCCGAAUUCGCUCGUAAUUAAGUAAACCAGUCACGACGCCAUGCAAAGCAACAAUCAAAUCCAGAGAAAUUCAACAAAUUAGUCGUCAAAAUGAGUAGAAUCAACAAAUCAGCAACGCGCUUAUUCGAGGUUUGGUGCGAAGUUGAGCCAGCAACGUCGGGAUCGGCAGCUGCUAAUGUCCUGCGUUGUUUUCCGGACACGUUCCGCGACGACAGAAUACUGCUGGAAUUCGGGGAAUUUGCGUAUCCAUGCGAAUUUGAGAAAACGCAAGUUCAGAUAUAUUCGUUCGUUUUGACGGACACAAAUUCACAAUGGAGAUUCGGAUUUUGUCGUCACGACACGAAAAGUGAUAAGGCGAUGAUAUUGGUGACUCAUCUGCCGUGGCACAACCAAUUCAUCAAGUAUUUGAACGUGUUGAGCGAAGUGCGGCUCAAUAGUUCGCAGGAUUUUCAGCGAUUUUUGUCGGAAACUUACGCCGUCGGGAUUCCCGAGCCCGGAACAAGUGUCAAAAUUUUCUCCAAUCACGAUCGAUACAGCUUCGAAUUCAAGUCGCCAUGGCACAACUAUCUCCCAAGUAUCCCGGAAAAUCACAAUUUAAGCGUUUACUACAACUUUGUGGAGCCCGAAGUGAUGAUCGAGGUCUUUUGCGCGAUGCUCAAUGAACGACGAAUCAUUUUCACGUCGCAACACCUCCACAUUUUGUCUUCCUGCGUUCUCGCUGCCGGCGAUUUGAUUUAUCCCAUGACAUGGCAGCACAUUUACAUUCCCGUUUUGCCGAUCAAGAUGAAGGAAUACGUGAGUGCGCCGAUGCCGUAUCUCAUUGGCGUGGCGAAAACCAUUUUGCAGGCGAUUCGACCGGAGGAGGUGGGCGAUGCUGUUGUGCUCGACUGUGAUAACGGAACAUUUAAGAGUCAAUUUGAUGAUAAGAAGGCGUUGCCAAAGGAGAUAUUGGACUUUUUGCGGAAACAUUUGAAUAAUCCGGGCACGGGAGAUGGUGUGGCACGAACUUUUUUACGAGCCAUUGUCCAACUAAUUGGCGGAUACCGUGACGGUCUCAAAUUCGGCGAAGUCAUCACUUUCGACGACCAACGAUUCCUCGAAGCUCGAUCGCAAAAGCUCCGACCCUUUUUAAACAAAAUUUUAGAUCUUCAAAUCUUUCGGCAGUUCAUCGAUGAGCGACUAAAAUCAAUUAAAGACGGAUUUUCCGAUGAAUUUGAGAAGGAAAUCUGCUUAUAUUCCGAACGCGUCUCGAAACGAAAGUUCAAACUUUUGCAAAAUAUUAAAGAUAAGACUAAUCCAGCACUGAAUUCGGCAGUGCAAUCGGCAAAGGAAAGUGGUCGAAACGUAAAAUUCGUGUACAAGACGGCAAGUAAGGCGGUAAAAUCGAAAAUAAAAAAUGCUCGAAGCAGUACAACGCAGGGAAAUGUGAUGACAACAUCAGGAAUCGAGAUCGGGAUGAGUUGCGAGCCGGAUUUUGUGUCGCGGCGACGUCAUUCACAAGAUUCCAAUAACAAUUCAAGCGGAUCGUCAAGUCCAUCGCACUCGUUUUCGUCAUCAGACAUGAAUAUCCUGCAAGAAAUGGAAGACGAAGGAUAUUUGAACAAGCCCGAGAUUAAUCGUAGUUUAAAGCCAAAAAAGUCACAUUACGUUGGCAAUUCGCUGUCGCCCACGCCGCCGAUGCGUCGUCAAACCAAAAAUAAUCCCGUAGUUCCUCCGCGUGUCGCAAAAACACCGAACAACAACAAUAAUUCUCAUCCAAAUGGGAAUUUGAACUUGCUUGAACACUCAAGUACGGCUCCUGUGAUUUCUCAGGGGGCGGGCAUCACGUUGCCAUCGGUGGCGUAUGAUCCGUUUCAGGCCCCCAUCGUUCCGCCGCGACGAAUUCAGUCGCAAACGAAAUUUCAAGGGGAAAUUUUCAAUAGCAGUUACGAGCAGUGGGCGAUCAAGCUGAAAACCGACCAGAAGGAUGGAGAUCUCAAAGGGAAAAAAACGGAAGAGGAAAAGAUCCCCAUUAAAGCGCCAUCCGUAGAUGACCUCAUCAAGCUCGACGACAGCCUAACGCUCGACGAUUUUGAUCCCCUGAAUGCCAAACUUUCGUUACCAGCACAACCUUCAGCCUCUUCGUCAAAUAAUAGCAUCACAAGCAGCAACGUCAUCGGUUUCUCAAAUCCGGUUUAUACGUUUCAUGAACCCACAAAGAAUUUAUUGGUACCGCAGUGCAAUAAUACGUCGUCGUCCUCGUUCGCCAAUAGCGUGCCGGCGAAAAAUAACUCCGUGGAGUUGUUGCGAGAUUACGGAAUUCUCGACCAGUAUACGAGUCUCGUGAAUGGCCAGGCGUCGACAUCGACGUCAAAUGGCACAGCCAUCGACAAGAAAACGCAACAAAACAAUUGGAUGACCUUCGAUUGAUAUUUACAAGAAGAGACUGUUUUUACGAGUUAGAGAAAAAAAUCCUUUUUCGAUUGAAUUUGUCAUAAAAUUAAACAAAAAAUUAACAAUUAGGUCGAUAUUUUAGGUGAAAAUGUUUUGGGUUUCAUGAAUUUUUUAAUAGUUUGAUGUCAAAUUAAACUAAAAAUUAAGAUUUUCUACAGAAAUAAUUAUUUUUAGUUCAUUCCAAAAAUUAAUUUUUUUAGAGAGUUCAUUUCGAGGUCUUAGGGUUCAUUUUAAGAUCUAAAUUGUUCAUUUUGAGGUCUUUAGGGUUCAUUUCAGGAUCUAAAUUGUUCAUUUUGAGGUCUUAAAGUUCAUUUCAAGAUCUAAAUUGUUCAUUUUGAGGUCUUUAAAGUUCAUUUCAGGAUCUAAAUUGUUCAUUUUGAGGUCUUUAAAGUUCAUUUCAAGAUCUAAAUUGUUCAUUUUGAGGUCUUGAAGUUCAUUUUAAGAUCUAAAUUGUUCAUUUUGAGGUCUAUGAAGUUCAUUUUAAGAUCUAAAUUGUUCAUUUGAGGUCUUUAGGGUUCAUUUCAGGAUCUAAAUUGUUCAUUUUGAGGUCUUUAAAAUUCGUUUUAAGAUCUAAUUUGUUCAUUUCAAGGUCUAUGAAGUUCAUUUUAAGAUCUAAAUUGUUCAUUUUGAGGAUUUAAAGUUCAUUUUAAGAUCUAAAUUGUUCAUUUUGAGGUCUUAGGGUUCAUUUCAGGAUCUAAAUUGUUCAUUUCAGGAUCUAAAUUGUUCAUUUCGAGGUCUAUGAAGUUCAUUUUAAGAUCUAAAUUGUUCAUUUUGAGGUCUUAGGGUUCAUUUCAGGAUCUAAAUUGUUCAUUUUGAGGUCUUAGGGUUCAUUUCAGGAUCUAAAUUGUUCAUUUUGAGGUCUUUGAAGUUCAUUUCAGGAUCUAAAUUGUUCAUUUUGAGGUCUUUAAAGUUCAUUUCAGGAUCUAAAUUGUUCAUUUUGAGGUCUUAGGGUUCAUUUCAGGAUCUAAAUUGUUCAUUUUGAGGUCUCUGAAGUUCAUUUUAAGAUCUAAAUUGUUCAUUUUGAGGUCUUAGGGUUCAUUUCAGGAUCUAAAUUGUUCAUUUUUUAGAAAUAAAAAUUUAAUUUAACUUUUUUGGUCUAAAAAUUAUCGAAAAUAUUCAAAAAUUUAAUUUUCGAAGAAAUCCAAAACAUUUUCAACUCUUUUUAUCGAGAAUUAAUAAAUACUAGAAAUGCACAAAAUUUAUAU